UGUAGAAUGUAGGUUAUGAAGUUGUGGGGAUGUAGGACGGCUAUAUACACCGACUCUGCAUCUGUCAGACAGUUCAUUCAAAGUGCUUCUUCGCCGCUACUUGCUGGAAUAUUGCUGAUCAAAAUGUUUAGAGAACUCACGCUCCUUGUUUUUGGAGCUGCCAUGGUCAUGGCGCAAAGAAGACUAGCGCUUCCAGAUCCCAGAAGUUGUGCCAGCAGAGUACGUCAUGCCACAUACAGAGACGCCCGUGGUGUUACACAUUCAUACUUCUUCAGUUGGGAACACUCUCCCACAAGAAGUCUUGAAGUAGACUGGUUAGACGCUAGGAACAUUUGUAGAAGACACUGUAUGGACGCCGUUUCUCUUGAAACUCCACAAGAAAACGAAUUUAUUAAACAGAGAAUAGGCAGAGGCAACGUUCGUUAUAUCUGGACUUCUGGCAGAAAAUGUAACUUUGCUGGAUGUGACAGACAAGAUUUGCAACCACCAAAUAUUAACGGAUGGUUCUGGUCAGGCUCUGGAGCCAAAAUUGGACCCACAACACAAAGAAACUCUGGAGACUGGAGUCACACAGGUGGUUAUGGACAGCCCCAGCCUGACAACAGAGAGGCUGCACAGGGUAACGACGAGUCUUGUUUGUCCAUCUUGAACAACUUCUACAAUGAUGGCGUUAAAUGGCACGAUGUUGCUUGCCACCACGUUAAACCUUUCGUGUGUGAAGACAGUGAAGAACUGUUGAACUUUGUCGCUUCCAGAAAUCCAGGAAUACGUCUUUAAAUUAUUUUAGCUAUUUUCGUACGUAACACCACUGUUCUGAAGAAAACAAAAUCAUUACUUUCGUCGAAAAUUGAAAAAUAAUUUUGUUUCCUUCAAUUUUCAUUUCCCUUUUCCGCAUGUGAAUAUCUGCUUCGUCUCCUUAGUACUUAGUAAUUAUUG